ACUUGGGCACAUAACGUUUCAGUAGGCGCAGUGCCAAUAUGUAGGGCUCGUUCGCACCGGCGAUCCAGAAAAGUCACACGGCAUUUUCAUCACAUGUGGCGUGCUCGCUGUGAUGGCUAAAAACAGAAAACGGUGUGAUGUGAACGUCACUUGCAAUGGUUCCGCGUGAAUGUGUGUCUUCCUCUUAUCCUUCGCUGUUCCCUUUCCUCCAUUUCCUUUCUCUUACAGCAUGAUGUUCGAAACUUACCCAUUGAAACAUGCUUUGUCUUCAGCAGUGAUUGUCAUACAUAGGAUGUCCCAGCUAACGUUAACUAAGAUAUUAAAAAAAACACGGUAUGAGAUACCGUUAGAAGACCUGCAGUAUUCGAUCCUCAGAGGUCUGACGACCGAACGCCAUAUAUCAAAUCAAAAUUGUGUCUUCCACUGUCUUUUCUAAACCGUGUUUUUUUUUUUUUUUCGUUGAGUGCCUUGGCUAACGUUAGCUCGGACACGCGGUAUGGUGCAAUGUUUGAGCACCCCAAAGUAACCUGAAGUGUUUCUACGCUGCUGCAUCCAUCACAGUCACAUGGACACGCUUUUAACUGGACGUUGAUCUUUCUGUGUGAAGCCAGCGCGCGUCCUCGCCGUCCUGCGCCUCCACUCUUCUCCGAUGGUUGUAGGUUCGCUUCCCGUUGCUGCUGUUCAACCUCACGCUGUGCCUGGCCGGCAUGGGGUUGACCGCCGUGUCUGCGCUGUUGCUGCUGCAGUCCCUGCAGUGGCGCGAGGACAUCCAGGCCCUGCGACUCGGCGGUCUGGGCGGCCUGCUCAUGUCGCAUCUCGAGCUGGCACUGCUCGCUGCCGGACUCGUGCUGAGCGCCGUCUCGUGCUGCGGCUGCGUCGGGGCGCUGCGCGAGAACGCCUGCCUGCUGCGCGCCUACUCGCUCGCACUGCUGUGCCUCAUCAUGACGGCCACGGUGCUGGGCACGCUCGUGCUUGUCAUGCCAGCCGGUGCCAAGAGGGUCGUGCAGAGGACGCUGUCGGCUACACUGGUGGUGCACUACCGUGACUCCCCAGACGCCCAGCAGCUGGUGGACGCCGUGCAACGCCACCUUAGCUGCUGCGGCAUGACAAGCAAGAGCUUCAGGGACUGGAACGACAAUAUGGGAAGUGCGCAGGGUGAUCAAGCAGACCAUGUCGUUGUCCCUGGUGAUCGCGUACCGCGACAGCGCCGAGUCCGAGCUGAUCGUGGACGCCCUGCAGAGGCAACUUCGCUGUUGUGGAAUGACCGACCUCAAGUUCAGGGACUGGAAUGCCAAUAUGUUCGCUACCCUUUGCUCAUGCUGAAUCUGGUGCUGUGGUUCCUGGGCCUGCUGCUGUUUGUGACCGGAAUGUCGCUCUACGUCUACUCAUUUGCUGGAGAGGAUGACACUGACGUACUGAGCUCCAUCGACAGAACCAGCGCCAUCUUUACGCGCGUCGAGAUCGUUGUGUCGCUCGGGGGCAUGUCGCUGUUCGUCGUCUCCUUCUGCGGUUGCGUGGGCGCCCUGCGAGAGAACCGCUUCCUGCUGCAGCUCUACUCGCACGCCCUGACCGCCUUGAUCGCGGUGAACGUCGUCUUUGCCGUCGUCGUCUUCUACGUGCCCGGCGGCAUUAGGAAGGUCCUCCAGAACACGCUGUCGGAGUCGUUGGUCGUCCACUACCGCGACAGCGUGGACACGGAGCAGUUGAUGGACGCACUGCAACGCGGCAUGAAGUGCUGUGGCGUGAGCCGCGAGAACUUCAGGGACUGGAACCGUAACAUGUACUUCAACUGCACGUUCCAAAACCCGAGUUACGAGCGCUGCUCGGUGCCGCACUCAUGCUGCAGGAAGAACGACUCGUUGACGUCAGGCGAUGUGGCAGCGAGCCGGUACUGCGGCAAAAACGUGCUCAACAUGUCUGACAGCGACGCCUGGCACAAGGUGAACAUCGAUAGUUGCACGGACGCGGUCAACCGGUUCAUCAGGGACAACGUCAUCAUGAUCGGCGGCGGCUGCGUAGUGAUCGUCAUUCUGCUCUCAUUCAUCGACAUGAUCACCAACACGGUCAUCGACGAGAUCGACGUCAUCCGAUCGAUUUACGACAACAUCCACGCGGCCGCCACGCCAUAGCGGCCGGGUUCAAACUUAUGAACCGGCGUUACAGAAGAAGGAACGCUUUUGCAGCACAGGCACGUGGGAAUUGGCACCGAAUUUCAAGAGUGUUUUCGCGAACACUGAUAUUGACACGCACCUCUGCUCAUGCGCAGCAGUUUUUAAGCUUUUGACAUAGACCUGAAGGGCACUCCGCUUCUACGAAUAAAUCAAGAUUAGUUGUGCUGGUGGUAGGUCGCCUCGCGCGUUAGUUUCGAGACAGAACUUGCUUGUUACGCAGCGUGAGCACUGAUCAACCGUGGUCGAACAUGAAUGUCACUGGAGCCAACGUUUCAUCAAGUGGACGUGUCUUCGUCCUAACGAAGAGAUAUCUGUUGUUCGAGCACUGCUGGUCAUUUCAAGUUUGCAGCAUGAGCAGGUCAUCACUACUCAAGCGCAGCUUUAUUCCUGCAAUAGUUCUUACUACUGCAGAAAUAAUGCCUUGCCCUGGAGUGUUGUCAAGAAAAUAUUUUAUUUUUUCAACACAAGCGGUAUGUAAAACUGGCGGACACAGUUUUUCGUGCUGCUGCCCUUGGUACGACAUAUGUGCAGGCGCUCGGGGGGGGGGGCCUCGCCAUGUCUGCUCGACGUAGAAUUCACCCGCGUAGUGUGAGCGGGAUGUAAUGAGAAAACCUUACUUCUACACGUUCUCCUUUCUUACACGAGAGGAGCCAAAAGAUUGCAAAAGUUAUUGCAGGUAGGCUGGCUUCACCGCACUGACGUCUUGCAUUCGGGCGGAGCGUGCUGCUCUCGUAACGGGCGUUGGAUCCGCUCGGUUCGUACUUGGUUGGAGCAGUCGAUUGAAGGUCUGGCGAGGUUUGAUCCUGAUUUGCGUGCUUCGCCUCAUUUGCGACAACAGCGAACCGGAGUCGAGUAAAGUUCGCUCUUGUUGCUUUCGUAACGAGACAUUUAAAGAAGGUUCGCCACUUGCCUGCUAACUGUACAUGUUUCCAAGUGUCUCAAAUAUAGCCGGAAAAUCGAUUGCUUUAGCGCAGAGAAACUGAGUGGUCUCACGUAUUCGAAUGCAUGAGUAGUAGAAUUUCAUCCGCAACUUACGAGCUUGUAAAGCCCUUCGACCUUUCUUCUGUUGAUUACUGUAUUUAUUGCGACAGUAAACAAUGCACUGGUUGUGCCAUCAGUUAUACCGUCAUCACAGCGACCAAACAAGGGUGAAACAUCAAAUUGACGUUACGGAAUGGACUUUAAACUAUUUGUAUGCUAUUUCCACAACAUAGUAAAAGUAGCAAGAAACAAUAAUCGCAUUGUUCAUUGAUUAUGAGCGUGUGCAGGUCUCCACC